AAAUUUAGACCAAAUAUGUCCCAAUGGCGUUUGGUUCGUAAAGUUACCAAAAUACCUAGCCGCGUUUCCUUUCUCUCUCUCACAAGCAUCACUCUCUUCGUCAAUUCGCAUUCAUCCUCCAUGGGCGAGCAAAACCAUACACUACAAACCCAAACCCACACCAAGAUUCAGUUCCAAUCUCACCAUCAACCCAAUUCCAAGACGCAGCAGCCGACGAUCGAUUCAAAUGAAGAAGACCCACUUGAUCUAUCCAACAACACUUCAUCCAAAAUCCCUGUUCGACCUAACAAGCUAAGAAAGUUAACAUCUUCCGAUGACAUUGCGGAAACCAAAUCUUCAUCUCACCUUGCAGAUGCCGAUGCCGAUUCCUCAAACAUCGUCGUGGCGGUUGAGAAUGGCGCUCCUUCCGUCUCCGCGAAUGGAAAGAGCAGACGGAGAAACCAGUCGUUAUCGGCUAGGGCACAGCCGAGCAUCAUACGACCUUUGUCAGCGGAUGGUGAGAUCGAAAGGGCUAUUGUUCAUCUUCGCGCUGCUGAUCCCCUUCUCGUGGAGUUAAUAGAUUCUCUUCCUCGACCCGCAUUCGACUCCCGCCUUCCUCCGUUUCUCGCUUUAACCAAAAGCAUUCUUUAUCAACAACUCGCGUAUAGAGCCGGCAAUUCGGUUUAUUCCCGUUUUAUCGAGUUAUGUGGAGGCGAGGACGGCGUCCAUCCUAACGCAGUUCUCUCGAUCUCGACUCAACUUCUCCGGCAAAUAGGAGUUUCCGGUAGAAAAGCUGUUUAUCUAUACGACUUGGCUAACAAGUACAAUACUGGGAUUUUGUCCGACCAGUCCAUAAUUGGGAUGGAUGAUAAGUCUCUUACGACCAUGCUUUCAAUGGUGAAGGGAAUUGGGUCCUGGUCUGUUCAUAUGUUCAUGGUUUUUUCUCUCCACAGACCUGAUGUCUUGCCCGUCAGUGAUACAGCUAUUCGGAAGGGGGUACAGAUGCUAUAUGGGCUUGUGGAUCUGCCAAGACCGUCUCAAAUUGAGCAACUAUGUGAGAAAUGGAGACCCUUUAGGUCUGUUGGUUCUUGGUACAUGUGGAGACUAGUUGAAGGGAAGGGAAAUGCUCACGCUGGAGGUCCUGCAGUUUUAGAAGCUGCUGUUCCUUUGCAGCAACAAAUGGUGCAGCAAGAGACGCUGCAACAACAGCAGCAACAUCAAUUGCAGCUUUUGGAACCUAUUCCUGGAAAUACAAGUCUCGGGUUAGGUAGUUCGGGCGGUGGUGGUGCUUCAAAAUUUGAUUUAUCUUUUCUUGUUCAUCUGAGACGUCCUUAAUAUAUCAGAUCGAGCAUCAGAGUUGCCCAAUCAAAGAGCAGUAAAAAUAUCAGCAUAUUAAACAUUUGAAUUCAGCAAUGAUUCCUAAUACUUGUGAAAUUGAUAUACAUAGAAAGGAAUUUAUUGGGAUAAUAUAUGAAUAAAUUUGUCAAACUUUCUUCUUUGUGUUUAGAAUAUGCAUAAUUUUAAUAGUGUUUUUGGUUAUUUUGUCCCUUGUCAAAAUUUAUCAGCUUAUUUAUACAUUUUGCCAAAUUCUAGAAGGCCUUUUCCCCUUUAUUUCAAUAAUUAGAAACCAAAUAUUUCUCAUUGAAAACUAACAUUUUAGUAGGCAAGAAACGACAAGGCAAAGUUCUUGUCUACAUGUUGAAACUUCUCAUUUACUGCAAUUCUUUUAGAACUGCAUCAAUUCUGGGGACCAUGAAUGUGUCUUUUGUUUUGACCAUUAUUUCCAUUUUAGAUACGGAAAAAUGUCUGUUAGCCAUCAGAAAUUUGUUUACAAUCUGUCUGAAUGAAGUAACUAGUCAUGGUAGUUUUCGAAAAAAGGCUAAUUUCUCAUGUUUGCAAAAUUAAUGGAACCAAGCUGAGUGCCAAUAUUCAUUCUCUUAUUUGGUUAUUUCUGUGAUGUAUUUUUAAAUUGAAAAAAUGAAAAAGUGUUUCUUAAACUUAAAAUAUGAUUUAACCCCUUCUUAGGAUUUGAGUUAUACAAAGUAGCAGGUUAAUACAUACAUAUAGGUAAUAUAUCUGUGUUACAUCUGAUAUUUUCCCCGUAAUUUUCCCUCGAUUAUUGUAGGUAUGGGUCAUGAACAUUGUAUGCCAAAGUGGGUUUUAACUGACCAUGGUCUUCACAGGGCAGACCUAGAGCUUGUUUGAUGUAGGUUUUUUAUUUUUAUUUUUAAACAAUCCGAUUUUUUUGGAAAAUUUAUUGUUCGAUGAAGAAAUACAAAAGUUAUAUUUGUAUUUUAUAUUUUUAAAUUUUAUAAAAAAUAAAGGGUAUAUUUAGUAAUUUAGUUGUUUUAAACGAUGAAGUGAUUGAUAACGGGUUAAGGGGAUAUUCAUCGAGAAAGACCAUAGUUUAAAGGUCUUUAAAGUUGUACAUUACUUCUUCAUCUGGUAGAAGACUAGAACAGAUUGAUUAACAAAUCUUCUACUGGCACCAAAAGCUUCUUCAUAAUCUUAUUAUUCCCCCUAAAAUGUUUGUUUCCCAUGUUCACCUUUAGCAAAUGCCCAAAUUAGUGAGAAUUAUAACCCCAUAUAAUUAGUUAUGAGGUUAUGAUGAUGGUACCUUUGUUUUGUUUAAAUGUCUUACUAACAAUUAUAAAAGUAAAGGGCUAUGAGAUUAUUUCGGUCUUAUUCUUGUUGAUGGUUGUCAGAAGUAUUCCAUUUAAAUAAAUUGUUAUCCAAAACGAUAAGCAGCAGCGCCUGAUGAGAGGAUUGAUUGGUUGGUUGUAGAACUAAUGUUUUGUAAACAAA